GUGUUCGCUGCAGGAGGAGGCGCGCUCCUUUGGUCCCGUGUCUCUGCAGGAUGAGCGCUGCUGGGGUUUCUGAGGAGAGACUGAAAUAAAGAAGCUGCUGUGUUUCACUUCCUCUGCCCGAGCCUCACGGUUACGGAGCGCACCAUGAUCCGGAUCAGGACCUCGUCCGUCGCUCGGCUUCUCCUCCUGUUCUCCAUCGUCUCCGUGCAGCUCCAGUGUUCUGCAGGAUCUGCUCUGACCUCCAACUCCUCCGACGGCAACCAGACCCGGUGUGGCGGAGCGAGUGCCUGCGCUGUGGGGGUGAUCCUGCCGCUGUGGGAGCCCCUGGACCCCCCCCUCAUCGACCGCAUGGCCAGGGCCACCAUCUACUUCGUGGGACUGGCCUACAUGUUCCUGGGCGUGUCCAUCAUCGCUGACCGCUUCAUGUCCUCCAUCGAGGUCAUCACGUCGCAGGAGAGACAGAUCACCAUCAAGAAGCCCAACGGGGAGAAGAUCACCACCACGGUGCGCGUCUGGAACGAGACGGUGUCCAACCUGACGCUGAUGGCUCUGGGCUCCUCUGCUCCGGAGAUCCUGCUCUCGGUGGUGGAGGUCUGCGGUCACGGGUUCAACGCCGGAGAGCUCGGACCCAACACCAUCGUGGGAAGCGCCGCCUUCAACAUGUUCGUCAUCAUUGGCCUCUGCGUGUCCGUGAUUCCCGACGGAGAAACCAGGAAGGUGAAGCACCUCCGGGUGUUCUUCGUCACCGCCACCUGGAGCGUGUUCGCCUACAUCUGGCUCUACCUGAUCCUCGCCGUCUUCCCCGGGGUCGUUCAAAUCUGGGAGGGGCUCGUCACGCUCGCCUUCUUCCCGAUAUGCGUCGGGUUCGCCUACGUGGCCGACCGCAGACUCCUCUUCUACAAGUACAUGUACAAACGCUACCGGGCCGGGAAGAGGAAAGGAGUAAUCAUCGAGACGGAGGGAGAACCGUUGGAGCUGCCGUCAAAGAUUGACGUGGAGAUGGACGGGAAGAUGCUGAACUUCUCCCACGGAGGAGAAGAGUUUGAGUUCAAGGAGCUGGACGAGGAGGAGUCGCGCAGAGAGGUGGCCCGGAUCCUGAAGGAGCUGAAACAGAAACACCCCGAGAAGGAGAUGGAGCAGCUGAUGGAGCUCGCCAACUACCAGGUUCUGAGCCAGCAGCAGAAGAGCAGAGCGUUCUACCGCUGCCAGGCCACCAGGAUCAUGACGGGCGCCGGGAACAUCCUGAAGAAACACGCCGCCGAACAGGCCAAGAGGGUGAAUCAACACGACAUCUGCUCCGAAAUCGCCGCCAACGACUUCUCCUCCAAGCUGUUCUUCGACCCCGGCACCUACCGGUGUCUGGAGAACUGCGGCAGCGUCGCUCUGAACGUUGUGCGUCGCGGAGGAGAUCCCGGGAACACCAUCUGCGUGGAUUACCGAACAGAAGACGGCACCGCGAACGCAGGGUCAGAUUACAGAUUCACCGAAGGGACUAUCGUGUUCAAACCCGGGGAGACGGAGAAGGAGAUCCGCAUCGAGAUAAUCGACGACGACAUCUUUGAGGAAGACGAACACUUCUUGGUUCACCUCAGCAAUGUGAUGGUGAUAUCACAGGGCGAGAACAACCAUGUGGACGCCCUCGCCGGGUUAGGUUUGCCGUGCUCGGCCACCGUCACGAUAUUUGAUGACGACCACGCCGGCAUCUUUACCUUCGAGGAGCCGCAGGUGACCAUCAGCGAGAGCGUCGGCAUGAUGGAAGUGAAGGUGAUCCGGACGUCGGGGGCUCGCGGCGUCGUGAUGGUGCCGUAUAAAACCACGGAGGGCACGGCGAAGGGUGGCGGCGAAGACUUCGAAGAUACCCACGGAGCCCUGGAGUUCGACAACGAUGAGAUCUUGUGA